AUGUCUCCGCCUGCUCCAAAGAAGGACGUUGACUGGUCCGCGCUUGGCGUUGCCCUCGACCUUCCAGUAAAUGGCCACAUCGAGACCAGAUUUCAUCUUUCGACAGGGAAAUGGACCGAACCGACUCUUGUGGCCAACCCGAAUAUCUCAGUUAAUGGCCUUUGUCCAGGCCUGAACUACGGACAGCAGUGUUAUGAAGGUCUCAAGGCUUUCCGCACACCAAGCGAUACGAUCACGAUCUUCAGACCAAAGUUUCAUGCAGCAAGAAUGGCUCAUUCUGCAGCCUCAGUAUCCCUACCAGAACCCUCUGAGGAACUCUUCCUUGAAUGUCUGAGGAUGGCGGUAGCACACAAUGCCGAAUAUGUCCCGCCCUCGGGCUCGGAGGCUUGCCUUUAUAUACGACCCGUUCUUUUCGGUGCAUCAGCGAGACUCGCACUUGCGCCGCCAGAAGAGGUCAUCCUGGCAAUCUAUGUCCAGCCAUCAUUUCCAUAUCACGGAUCAGCUUCUAUUGACGCUGUUGUCCUCGAGGAUUUUGACCGCGCGGCACCGAGGGGCAUGGGUAGGUACAAAGUUGGAGGAAACUAUGCUCCGGUAUGGCGGCAUGCCGCAAAAGCUCGGGCUAUGGGCUACGGAAUCACACUGCAUUUGGAUUCUUCUUCACGUUCUCUGAUUGAAGAGUUCUCUACCAGUGGAUUCAUGGGUCACAAGGUCGUCAAUGGCAAGGAUGUUCUUGUCGUGCCUGAGACGCAGAAUGCAAUCGACAGCACAACUAGUGAUAGCAUGGUGAGAAUGGCAGAACGGGAAGGCUGGAUGGUCGAAAAGGGAGAAGUCCCGUUUUCGACUAUUUCUUCCCUAGACGAAGUUGUGGCUGUUGGUACCGCCGCCGCCGCCGUUCCUAUCCGUAGUAUUUCCCGGUUAUCCACAUCCGAGAAGUACAGUUUUUCUACAUUGGAGAAUGGAAUACCAAGACUUGUUGCCUUGUCGCGCCUCAUGGCGGCGAUUCAGCGAGGAGAGGAAGAAGAUACUGAUGGAUGGUGCUGGGAGGUCACGGGGUUUCCGCAAGAGAAAAGCAGCACUGCUUUCAGAGGCUUCAGUGGUCAAGGCUCGGUGAUAGGCAACACGAUCUCUACUUUCCAGAGCACGGUCAUUGGGAGCAUACAGAGUGCUCUGCAUUUACUCCGUGGGUCAAACCCUACAUGA